AUUAAAACUGCCAUAAAAUGAAAUCAAUACGCGGAUUAAUUUCAAUUCUCCGAUCAAAGGGUUAGGGUUUUCGAAAUUGAACGCGUUUUGCAUUUCCAGAGUGUGUAAAUUUGGAGACGAACAGCUCAGGCAAAUGUUGGUGAAGUUCGAGAUAAAGAGUAAUAGAGUUAAAGGGCUGUGCUUCCACAGCUGGCGGCCAUGGAUCCUGGCGAGUAUGACCACUGGCGUCAUCCAGCUAUGGGAUCACUUUAUGGGCAUUCUCAUUGGUGACUUCCGCCAGCACCGUGGCCCCGUUCGCAGCGUUCAUUUCCAUACAUCUCAGCCACUGUUCGUUUCUGGAGGUGAUGAUUUCAAAAUCAAGGUGUGGAAUUACGAAUUGCAUCAGUGUCUAUUUACUCUCCUGGGUCAUCAUGAUUACAUUCGCACAGUUCAAUUUCAUCAUGAAGCUCCCUGGAUCCUCAGUGCAAGUGAUGAUCAGACAAUCAGAAUAUGGAACUGGCAGUCUCGAACUUGCAUUUCAGUGUUGAAUGGGCACAGCCAUUAUGUUAUGUGUGCCUCAUUUAAUCCCAAAGAAGAUAUUGUUGUUUCAGCCUCUUUGGAUCAGACCAUCCGUGUUUGGGAUAUUGGUGCCUUGAGGAAAAAAUCCACCGUGUCUCCUGCUGAUGACAUUCUAGAACUGUCGCAAAUGAAUCCAGAUUUCUUUGGAGGGGUCGAUGCUGUUGUCAAGUAUGUCUUGGAAGGUCAUAAUCGAGGGGUUACCUGGGUUUCUUUUCAUCCCACUCUCCCUUGGAUUGUUUCUUGUGCAGAUGAUCGCCAAGUUAAAGUCUGGCAUAUGGAAGAUAAGAAGGUGAUUCUCACAUUGAAAGGCCACAUGAACAAUGUGUCGUGUGUUCUGUUCCAUGCAAGGCAGAAUGUCAUUGUAUCAAACUCCGAAGACAAGAGCAUUCGAGUUUGGGAUGCUACUAAUGGAACUGCCCUGCAGAUAUAUAAAAAGAAGCAUGACAAGUUCUGGAUCCUUGCAGGCCAUCCUGAGAUGAACCUUCUGGCUGCUGGUCAUGACAGUGGAAUGAUUGUCUAUAAAUUAAAGAGAGAACGGCCUGCCUUCUCUGUCAGUGCUAAUGCACUGGUCUAUGUCAAGGGCAGAUUUUUAUGUGUUUUUGAGUAUUCAACUCAGAAAGAUACUCAACUGAUCCCUAUACGCCAACCCGAUUUUAAUAAAUUGAAUCAAGCACCUCGGAUACUUUCUUAUAGUCCUGCUGAAAAUGCUGUUUUGGUCUGUUCAGACACAGAUGGGGGAUCAUAUGAACUCUACAUUAUCCCCCAGGAUAGCUAUGGAAGAGGUGAUGCAGUUCAAGAUGCAAAAAAGGGUACUGGGGGUUCAGCUGUUUUCAUUGCCCGAAAUAGGUUUGCCGUGCUUGAGAGAAGCACCAACAAAGUUCUGAUCAAGAACCUUACAAAUGAUGUAGUGAACAAAAGUGUUCUGCCCGUUGCUACUAAUGCAAUCUUCUAUGCGGGCAAAGGAAAUUUGCUGUGCAGAUCAGAGAACGAAGUAGUCAUCUUUGAUCCGCAACAAAUGAUUGUACUCGGUGAUCUUCAGACAUCUUUUGUUGUCAGGUAUGUGGUUUGGUCUCCAGAUAUGAAGAGUGUUGCUUUACUUGGUUUACACACAAUUGUUCUAGCGGAUAAAAACCUUGUUCAGCGCUGCAACCGUCAUGAGACUAUACGUGUUAAAAGUGGAGCUUGGGAUGAUAACGGAGUCUUCAUCUACACAACUUUGACCCACAUCAAGUACUGCCUUCCUAAUGGGGAAAGUGGAAUCAUCAAGACGCUUGAUGUCCCAGUGUAUGUGACAAAGAUAUAUGGUAGCACUAUCUUUUGCUUGGACCGAGAUGGGAUAAGCCGUCCUAUAAUUAUUGAUUCUACAGAAUAUAUUUUUAAGCUAUCCCUGCUGCGAAAGAGAUAUGACCAAGUUAUGAGCAUGAUUAUGAAUUCUGAAUUAUGUGGACAGGCCAUGAUUGCUUAUCUGAAGAAGGGCUUCCCACAAGCUGCUCUUCAUUUUGAGAGAUCUCGCUGUAACUUAGCCCUUAAAAGUGGUAAUAUUGAGAAAGCACUUGAAUUGGGCAAAAAAAUUAAUGAGAAAGAUUACUGGUACAGGCUUGGUGUCGAUUCUCUUUGGCAGGGUAAUGCUGGGAUAGUUGAAUACGCAUACCAAAAGACAAGGAACUUUGAGAGAUUGUCUUUCCAUUACCUGAUAACUGGUAAUCUGAAAAAAUUGUCCAAAAUGAUGAAAAUUGCUGAAGUAAAGAAUGAAGUCAUGGGCCAGUUUCAUGAUGCACUCUAUCUUGGUGAUGUGCAGGAGCGCGUCAAGAUUCUGGAGAAUGCAGGUCACUUGCCUCUUGCAUAUGUCACAGCUUCGCUCCAUGGGCUCCAUGAUAUUGCAGAGCGUCUUGCUUCUAAUUUGGGGGAGAAUCUUCCUUCUCUUCCAGAGGGGAAGAAAGCUUCACUUCUGAUACCUCCAAGUCCGGUGUUAUGUGCUGGAGAUUGGCCUUUGUUAAGGGUUAGUGAAGACAUAUUUGAAGGUGGGCUUGAUGAGGCAGGUAGGGGGGUUGAUGAAGAUUAUGAAGAGGCAGUAGAUGUUGAUUAUGAAGAGCCAUUUGAUGCUGAUUUGGGAGAGGCUCUGAAUACUGGUGAGGUGGAUGGCAUGGAGAAUGAAGGCAUUGCCGUGGUAGCGGAGGAAGCGGUUAAGCAUGAAGGGAAUGAUAAGGUGGGUGGGUGGGAUCAUGAAGAUCUUGAUCUGCCUCCGGAAAUGCCAGAGGCAGAUAGUAAUGCAUGUUCGUCAGUGUUCGUUGCUCCUUCCCCUGGUAUGCCUGUGAUCCAGAUCUGGGUCCAGAGAUCAUCUCUAGCUGCUGAACACGCAGCUGCUGGAAACUUUGAGAUAGCAAUGCGCUUAUUGUAUCGACAAUUGGGAAUAAGGAAUUUCUCCCCUCUGAGAACACAAUUUAUUGAUCUUCACAUGGGCAGUCAUACUUAUUUACCUGAUUGCACCUCAGCACCAGUGGCAUCUGCUGCACUGGAAAGGGGUGAGUCAGCCAGUCCGAACGUUGGAGGACAUCCUGCACUCUCGUCCAAUUCCUCUCGAUUGGAUGAAAAUGCCACGGGCGGUUACAUGGCUACCACUGGACACUUGGGAAUAAGGAAUAUCCAACCUUGGGGAACACAAUUUACUGAUCCUCACAUGGGCAGCCAUACUCAUUUACCUGAUUACGCCUCAGCACCAGGGGCAUCUGUUGCCAGUCCGAAUGUUGGAGGACAUCCUGCACUCUCGACCAAAUUCUCUCGAUUGGAUGAAAAGGUCACGGACGGUUACAUGGCUACAACUGAUGGAAAGUUUUCUGAUGCUCUUGGAUAUUUCAUGUCUAUUAUGCACACAAUUCCGCUGAUUGUGGUCGAAAGAAUGGAAGAAGUUGAAAAGGUUAAGGAGUUGGUUAUAACCAUCAAAGAAUACGUUCUCGGUUUUAAAAUGGAACUGAAGAGGAGAGAACUGAAAGACGAUCCAGUACGUCAGCAGGAGCUUGCCGCCUAUUUAACUCAUUGUAACCUCCAGCCACUACACACCAGACUCGCUCUAUUGAAUGCCAUGAGUGUUUGCUACAAGGCACAAAAUCUAAGAAGUGCAGCCAACUUUGCCCAGCGACUUCUGGAGACGGAGCCAAGUGACGAGUACCAAGACAGAAUGGCCCGGCAAGUUGUGCAGGCUGCUGCCGCGAGGAGCAUGCAUGAUGCUACUCAACUGAACUACGACUUCAGAAGUCCUUUUGUGGUAUGUGGGGCCACAUUCGUCCCAAUUUACAGAGGCCAGAAAUAUGUAACCUGCCCAUAUUGUACUGCACAAUUCGUUCCAUCUCAACAGGGACAGAUCUGUGCUGUCUGUGAGCUUGCAGAGAUUGGAUCUGAGGGAUCAGGCUUGAUGUGCUCUCAUUCACAAAUCACAUGAUUCCUUCACCUUCAGACAAAUUAGAGAAAAAGGUAUGAGUCUCAUAGCUACAGUCUUUACAUAUCCAGUAUUACUUUGGCAACAUCAUCAAUCCAUUACAGUUUUCUCUGCUGUGUGGGAAUUUAGUAUGCCUACCAUAUUCACUCUAUUAUAAUUUUAGUGCAGUUGGCAUUUAAGAUUAUGAUUUUAUUAUGAGUUUAUGACCAGUAUUUAUCUUCUUGUUA